AUGAAGUUCCUUUCUUUGACCUUCCUUGCUCUAUUUUCUGUGCUGGCAGGGCAAGGAGCACAACUAAGAGUACGGGCAGCAUCGGAACCGUCACCUGAUGAGCAGGAUAUUUUUGAGGUUUUCCGCAACCUCCGCAUGCAUCACCUCGGUUUCAUACAUGUCGGUAAUGAUGGUGUGGCUCGAUCUGUCGACGGAAACGGAACAGUGAUUGAUUUUAUUCCAAUGUCCAAUGCGCAAUUGCAGAAGACUGCAAAAAUCUUUGUUCAAAAUGCAACGCAACAUGAUCACUUGAGGGAACUUUGGAAAGACGUUAGUGGUCAUGACGUUGAAAACCCGCUUAUUUGGCGCAGAAGAGGCCCUCCUCUAGAGCCUCCUCAAGAUCCAAAACACUUUAAACGCCAAAGCCCAAACAUUCAAUGUCAUGACCUUAAGUGUAGCAACAACAUUUUCUGUCAUACAGUUGGUUGUCGUCAAUGCAUUAUCCCGAAUAUGUCCAGUUGGGGUCGUUGUACUAGUUAG